CAUGCGCCUUCCACAGUCCGCUGACCGAAUGACGCUAUGCUGUUAUUUUUAUCGCGGUGACCUAAUCAGGACUUGGGUUCCCUCCGCGGCUUUCUGUUCCGUCUUUACCCGGACUCCUGGCGUUGUUAUCGGCCUUUCCUCACCCGCACAGCACGGUGGACUUCCCCGGAGGACCGGCCGGGUCGGUGGAGCUGCUGACCGGACCGUCUCGACUGGGUUUUAAACGAUGUGUGAUGUCAGAGAGCGGGAGGGGGGGUAGCUGGGCAGAAGUCAUCUGACGUGUCACAGCGCCUGAUUCCCGGGACCUGAACAGGGAUGCCACGGCCCAGCUCGGUGCGACCCAUCAGGGCGGAGGCUCUGGUGACACUGUUGGAGGGUGAAUUGGACCGGGUGGUUCUGAUCGACAGUCGGUCUUUUGUGGAUUACAACACCUCUCACAUCCUGGAGGCAGUAAACGUGAACUGUUCUAAGCUGAUGAAAAGGAGGCUGCAGCAGGACAAGGUCCAGAUUGCUGAGCUGCUGCAGCACUCAGCUAAGAAGAAGACCAAUCAGGAGGUCGUUGUUUACGAUCAGAACUCUUCGGACCCGGCUCUUCUCGCUGCUGACUCCUUCUUGAGCGUCCUGCUGGUGAAACUGGAGAGGAGUUUCUCUUCUGUGCUGCUCCUCUCAGGUGGGUUCUCCGAGUUCUCCCUGCUUUUCCCGGGUCUCUGCGAGGGGAAGUCCACUCUGGUGCCGUCCUGCGUCUCUCAGUCUUGUCUCCCUAUCACCAACGUUGGGCCGACCCGGAUCCUGCCUCACCUGUACCUGGGCUGCCAGAGAGAUGUGCUCAACAAGGACCUGAUGCAGCAGAAUGACAUCGCCUACGUUCUGAACGCCAGCAAGACCUGUCCCAAACCGGACUUCAUCCCAGACUCUCGCUUCCUGAGGGUUCCCGUCAACGACUCGUUCUGUGAGAAGAUCCUGCCCUGGUUGGACCGAUCCGUGGAGUUCAUAGAGACGGCCAAAGCGUCAGACGCUCGGGUUCUGGUCCACUGUCUAGCAGGGAUUUCCCGCUCAGCCACCAUCGCUAUCGCUUACAUCAUGAAGAGGAUGGACAUGUCAUUGGAUGAGGCGUACAGGUUUGUGAAGGAGAAGAGGCCCACCAUCUCUCCUAACUUCAACUUUCUGGGCCAGCUGCUGGACUUUGAGAAGAACAUGAGAAGUCCUCCUGGUUCUGAUGACAGACCGACGAUGCCGGGUGCUGAUCUUGCUGCUCAGUCAGAGGCGGCCGAGCCCAUAUGUUGUCCUGAGGCCCCCGAGGAACCCAGUGUGGGCCAGCCGGAGCCUCUGACCCUGCCCUGUGUUCUGGCAGACUCCCCCGAGCAGCUGGUCCAGGUUUUGAGUGGCCUGCAGCUCCCUGACGGGCUUGAGGACAGCGCUCGGUUGAAACGCUCAUUUUCUCUGGACAUCAAGUCUUAUGGCGAGCCUGGAAGCUCCUCCCACUGCAGUUUUGGCGUGUCAGCGGAGGAGUUCUAUAAAACACCGUCCUUCAAAGAAACGAGCAGCAAAGCCUGUCAGUUCUCCCCGGUGGAGGAGGUGUCGGAGCAGUCCACUCCAGAGCACAGUCCCGAUAAGGACGAGGCCGACAGAGCCGAACCACCGACCUCCAGCCAACCGCUCACACCUCCGCCGGCCUCUUCAAACUGUCCACCCCCGCUGCAGCGUAGUGGCAGCGUGGAGGAGAGUGCUACCAGCUUCCUGUUUGGUGUUCCACAAAGCCAACUGGGUCGUUCGGGCGCCGCCCUAAAGGGCUGGCACUCUGACAUCCUUCUGGGGCCUGUCACAGUCUCCGCCUCCUCCAUGGCGAGCGGUUGGUACCUCUCAGAGUCCACGCGGUUCUUCUCAUCAUCAACAAUCCUGAGUGGUGCCGGCAGCUUUGCGCCGUAUGGCUGCAGCCAUGGACUGGAGGCGGUGCGGCGCCGCGGCCGGCAGCGAUCUGGAGACCGCGGCGACUCGAGGCGGAGCUGGCACGAAGAGAGCAACUUCGAGAAGCAGCUGAAGCGCCGCAGCUGCCAGAUGGAGUUUGGAGACGGGCUGACGGGGAGCAGGUCCAGAGAGGACUUGGUGAAAGGGACAAGCCCGUCCAGCUUCUCUGGCAGCGUGGAGGUCAUCCAAGUGUCCUGAGGCUCCGCCCAAACGCCAACAAUAAUCUUUCGGUCCUAAAGGUUUUAACUGUCAACCCGUCAGUGGGUUCCAGAACGCAGUCAGUGGGCAUGAUGACAGAGCGGUUCUGAUCCGACUCGUCCAGCCAGUAGAACUGUCAGUUUUUCAAACCAGUCCAAGAAAACAAGUCACAUGAGAGCAGAUCUGGUUCUGAGCAGUCGCGGUGCCUCCAAGGCCUUUCUGCUUCUGUCGAUGUUGCUAUGAAACAGACCUUUGGUCCAAACAGAACCAGACUCAUCCGCCGCUUCAUCUUCACAGCAGAUCCAACAGUGAGUGCUUUUGGCUGGCAGUAGGGGGCAGAACAUACCUAAAUUAUAUCAAGCAAACCGUAUUUUUGUGUUGGAGUAAGACCUUGCCAAUGGAUGCCCAUUAGGGUCAAAAUCCCCGGGAGCACAACCUCUAGCUGAAGGACGAGCUCAUCAGACCCCCUUUCAUCGCUGGCAAACAACGUUUAUGAUUGUCAAAAGUUUUGUAACCGCUCGUAAAAACUUGGUAAAUGUGAUUCGUCCUCACAGGCUCCCGUAGAGGAAACAUGGCGUCACCCACAGACUUGGGCCCAAUCCCAACACUCGACCAGGAGUGCGUAGGGUGACCCGAUUCUCAACUGUGGAAGUUGAUCACGCCCCUUUUGCACCCUUAAUCCGCACUUCAUCCAAGUCAGCAUCGAUGUAGACGUGGGUGAAGUGCAUUACCCACAAUCCAUCGCUCAAGUUCCUUUUCUGAAAAUAUGCAUGUUGAAAUGAAAAUAGUUCAUUUUAGGAUGAUUAGUUGAUGCUCUGAAUGUUUUAGACAAAGCAGCAACGAUUUAUUUCAGAUAACUGGUUGGUUGUUUGUAAGUUGUUAACUCGUUCGCCGUCAUUGACGACUAAAGUCGUCAUUUGCAUGUUUUUACUGUGUGGGCGUCGGACGAGCCCCCGCACCGUGAGAACAAACAUCUCAGCUCUAAAGCCGAUCUUCAUCCGCGUACGUCACGCGUCACGUGAUCAGGAAGUAGAACAUCCAUGUGUUAGGAGAUCGUUUUGGGCCGCUGCUGUAAAAAAAGUGAGGCGCGAACCGGAAAAGCUUCUGCCGAUCACAAUUCAACAACGGAUUAUGAAAGAACGGAUAACGCUCGAAACGCGCGGAUUCUUCCUGAUGUAAGAGGUGAGUCUCCGCUUUGUUUUGGUUGUUUUGGCGUCGACAUCAUCCUAGCGUGUUAACGUUCUGCGACUCUUAAAAAAACAUAAACACGGCGAGAAACGCUGGCAGCGAACGAGUUAAUAAAGGUUUUUGAAAAUAAAAGUAUCACAGCGACCAGCAUCCUGGCAUGUACUGCGAUCGAUGAUGCCGUGCUCCCUGUCUUAGUUCAGCAGUCAUUUACACACUCGUGUUGUACGCACUCGAAGCCUUUCUUCGUCCAAGUGCACUUAGCUGAAGACCGCAGGGUGCAGUUCCAGGAUUGGGAUUGGGCCUCAGACCCGCUCCCAUGUAGUUUAGACCCGAGUUUCAUGGUUAAAUGUUAUAAAGACACCAACAUUUGUCAUUAACUGGGCAUCAUCUAAUUCAUUUUAAUGGCUAUUUCCAGAGAUUAAUGGUAAAAACUACACAUUGUCUCUUUAAAGCAGUUAAAUUCUCCUUCAGGAAGCAGGUUCUGGUUCUGUGGGGUUCUAUCUGACAGCUGCUGAAAUUUAAAAGGAAACUUUUCAGAUGAAGGAAGAAUGUUCUGUUCGGUUCAGAAAAAUUCUGAGGCCCUGAAAAGCAACUGGACUUUUUUAUUUUUUUAGUGUUUUCUGGAUCGUCUUGUUCUGAAGAACUGGGUCAGAACCAGAACUUGGACCCCCUGAGUGUUGAUCAUCAGGAUGAGAACAUUUCAGGUUUUAUCCUAUAAAACUUUGGUGAAUUAACGAAACCCAGACUAAGGGUUUAGUUCCUGUCCUGAAGUUCUGACCCAGAUAUUGGUUCUGGACCUGAGCGACCACGCAGCCACUGAGGGGUGCUGCUCUGCUUUGUGCAUCAAUAAAAACAUUCCUACAUCA